CCGUGCAGCCGCGCCCCCCUCGCUCAGCGCGUCCUCCCGGGGCCUAACUCUGUUCUUCCCGCCGGCAGAGACUGGGACACUACGGGCACUCGUGAGCCGACGAGCCUCCGUUAAACCGUCCCCAGAUUCGUCAGCGCCACAGCAACAUCCUCAGAGCCCCAGCGAACUCCACCCGGCGGCGCGGGCACCCUGCGUGCCCGGAGGAGCCAGCGAGCGAGCGCAGCGACAGUGCCUCGCCUCCUGCAAUCCCCGGACCACCAUGGCCCAGAGCCGCAGAGACCGAAACAGUUGGGGUGGAUUUUCAGAAAAGGCAAGUGAAUGGAGCUCAGAAGAGGAGGAGCCAGUGAAAAAGGCAGGACCAGUCCAAGUCCUCAUUGUCAGAGAUGACCACUCCUUUGAGUUGGAUGAAGCCGCGCUGAAUCGGAUCCUCCUUUCUGAGGCCGUCAGGGACAAGGAGGUGGUCGCCGUGUCAGUUGCUGGAGCGUUCAGAAAAGGGAAAUCCUUCCUGAUGGACUUCAUGCUGAGAUACAUGUACAACCAGGAAUCAGUUGACUGGGUUGGAGAUUACAAUGAACCACUGACUGGCUUUUCAUGGAGAGGUGGAUCUGAGCGAGAAACCACAGGAAUCCAGAUAUGGAGUGAAAUUUUCCUUAUCAAUAAACUUGAUGGCAAAAAGGUUGCGGUGUUAUUGAUGGAUACUCAGGGAACCUUUGACAGUCAGUCGACUUUGAGAGAUUCCGCCACGGUAUUUGCCCUUAGCACAAUGAUCAGCUCGAUACAGGUGUAUAACCUAUCUCAAAAUGUCCAGGAGGAUGAUCUGCAACACCUCCAGCUUUUCACUGAAUAUGGACGACUGGCAAUGGAGGAAACGUUCCUGAAACCAUUUCAGAGUCUGAUAUUUCUUGUUCGAGACUGGAGUUUCCCAUACGAAUUUUCAUAUGGAGCUGAUGGAGGAGCCAAAUUUUUAGAAAAACGCCUCAAGGUCUCAGGGAAUCAGCAUGAAGAACUACAGAAUGUUCGAAAACACAUCCAUUCCUGUUUCACCAACAUUUCCUGUUUCCUGCUACCUCAUCCUGGCUUAAAAGUGGCUACCAAUCCAAACUUUGACGGAAAACUGAAAGAAAUAGACGAUGAAUUCAUCAAAAACUUGAAAAUACUGAUUCCUUGGCUACUUAGUCCUGAGAACCUAGAUAUCAAGGAGAUCAAUGGGAAUAAAAUCACCUGUCGAGGUCUGGUGGAGUACUUCAAGGCUUACAUAAAGAUCUAUCAAGGUGAAGAAUUACCACAUCCCAAGUCAAUGUUACAGGCCACUGCAGAAGCUAACAACUUGGCAGCCGUGGCAACUGCCAAGGACACAUACAACAAAAAAAUGGAAGAGAUUUGUGGUGGUGACAAACCAUUUCUGGCCCCUAACGACCUGCAGACCAAACACCUGCAGCUUAAGGAAGAAGCUGUGAAGCUGUUUCGAGGGGUGAAGAAAAUGGGUGGGGAAGAAUUUAGCCGGCGUUACCUGCAGCAGUUGGAAAGUGAAAUAGAUGAACUCUACAUCCAGUACAUCAAGCACAAUGAUAGCAAAAAUAUCUUCCAUGCAGCUCGUACCCCAGCCACACUGUUUGUUGUCAUCUUUAUCACAUACGUGAUUGCUGGUGUGACUGGAUUCAUUGGCUUGGACAUCAUAGCUAGCCUAUGCAAUAUGAUAAUGGGACUGACCCUAAUCACACUUUGCACCUGGGCGUAUAUCCGGUAUUCUGGAGAAUACAGAGAGCUGGGUGCUGUAAUAGACCAGGUGGCUGCAGCCUUGUGGGACCAGGGAAGUACAAAUGAGGCUUUAUACAAGCUUUACAGUGCAGCAGCGACCCACAGACAUCUGUAUCAUCAAGCUUUUCCUGCACCAAAGUCGGAAGCUACUGAACAAUCAGAAAAGAAGAAAAUUUAACGCAGAUUUUGAGAAAUAGAGGUGCAUGACCAAUUUUCAGCUAAAUAUCAGUUUUAUGUUUCCAUGCAGACAUUCAAAGUGCUUCCAUUAGAACAGAGUAAAAUAUCAAACACCUUUGAAGACUACAAAAUGAUUUAGUUCUUUUACUUCAGUGUUUAAUAAGCAGACAUACUUAUGCAUGGUUAUAUCAUUUUGUUAACAUGUACAGUUUCCUGAUUUCACCUUUAAAUAUGCUGUUAUAAUUUAAAGUAUUUGUCUAUUUAUGAUGACUGUGUGUUCUGCUUGAAUUUACUACAUUCUAUUACUGGGUUAGAAUUAAACCAUGUGGUAAUACUACU